GAUUCAAACCAAUGUUACGCUGUCGCAAAAACCAAUCCUACUCAUUUGUGAAAACCAACUGAAGUUCUGACUUGACAUUCGUAUUAAUUGAAGUUUGAGCUAUUCAAAGACGGGCGACCUCGAAUCCCACUUACAUACCCCAUCGAGCUAGCUCAUCCACCCCACCAUCUCCCUGUGCACAUCUCUUUCUCUCCAAAUCCCACAAUGGGCAUUCCUGGGUAAGUUUUUGUUUGCUUCUUACCGGUCACAAUACAUGCAUCACUAACACACCAUGCAUGAAUCAGACUCUGGGAUUUCAUCGCCGACUGCAAAGAAAUUGUUGAUCUUGGCGAAUUCGCAACCCAACAUUUCGAGCUACACAAAAGACCUUUGAGAAUAGCUGUUGAUGAGGCAACUUGGAGACAUAAGUUGUGUAUCAGUAACAAGGCGAAACUUUGUAAAGAAUACUCCAAUCUCCAUCUCAACGAACGAAACCUCGUAUCUGUCGUUCUACGGCUCUUGAAACUAAACAUCCAGCUGGUCUUCGUAGCAGAUGGUCCUCAUAAGCCUCAUGAGAAAUAUGGCGCCAAGGGAGCGGGAGUGUGGAAGUAUAAAAACGAAGUUUUGCAAAAUUGUUUGGGGCUUUUGGGAGUGAGGUGGCAUGAGGCGCCUGGGGAGGCAGAAGCAGAAUGUGCGGUGUUGCAGGGGAGAGGGGUGGUGGAUUGUGUUUGGACGGAGGAUGGUGAUGCGUUGAUGUUUGGGUGUGGGGUUUUGAUGAGGUUUUGUUAUGGGGAUGCGGAGGAGGGAGGGAAUGGAGAGAAGAGGGAAAGGGGGAAAGGUGGUGGUGGUGGUGGUGGGUGGACGGUAAAGAGGAGUGGGAUGAAAGAUUUGGAUAAGGUAGUGCUUUAUAGAGCGAGCACUAUUCAAAGUAAACAUCCAGGAUUUGAUAGGGAGGGCUGGCUACUUUUUGUGUUGUUGAGGGGAGGGGACUAUGGGAAGGGAUUGCAUGGUUGUGGGAUAUGGAAGGCAAGUAAGGUUGUUGAACUGGGAUUUGCAAAGGAACUUUGUGAGGCGAUGAAAACAUCCGAGGAUCUUGAGAUUUGGAGAACCAAACUACGGAAACAUUUUGUGGGUUCGAAUACAGGAGUUAGCGUUCCUUGGGAUUUUCCGGAGAAAAGAAUCUUAGGUCUCUAUCAGUCACCUAGUGUUUCUUCUGUUGAAAGACUAGAAAAAUUGGAGGAGAAUGUGUGGAGUGGGAGGAUCGAUGAGGAAAAAUUACAGCCUUUCUUGCUGGAAAAGUUUGAUUGGGGGAUCGAUAAAUAUCUCGACUAUAUCGUCCCGAUCAUUCUCGCACAGUCUCUAGCUUCCUUUGACCGGAAUGGGGAAUCGGGCAUUGAAGAGUAUAAUCUCACAUAUAUGGAGUCUGGAUUAAUAUGUAACGUGUGGUUUUCACUGUACGCUGUGACAUCUCUAGGAAAAGAGUGGAUGGAUAGAUGCGUGGAGGAAUUAAACAAAAAGCGCCCGAAGAAAUGGAAACGCUAUGAAAUACCAUGGGGAAAUGGACCGAUGGGAGAGGGUAGGGGGUUAUUAACAUGUGUUGUCAAGCAUGCGAUGGAACCAGAGACUUCUCCAGUACUUGAUACUGAACCCGAAUUUGAACAAUCCAUUUCCAAAAACAGAAGACGAUCUUUUUCACCACACAAAAUGGUUCUUGAAGACAGGACACGAAUAAAAAAACCUCGAGUUUCGAUCUCGCCUCCACCGACACCCAAAUCUCAUGAUCGGUUUGUAGUUGCGAAAGAAGAGAUCUCGUUUGAUAUCUCUUGGUAUGAAAAUUCAGACGAUGAUUUAUUCGUUGAAUCUACAGAGAACGUAUUAAAGCCGUCGAGACCACCACAGCCCAACUCAUCAUCCAUUGUAUUUGACGAUCAAGAAACACAGCAGGUCUGUAAUGCAAGGCCCAAGAUACAAUUAGAUUCUUCCAAACCUCUCAAAUCAACUGGAAACCCCGUGUACAGGAUUACAUCACCAUCACACACACGAUAUAAACCCCAGCCAACUCCCCAUCCUCCAACAAAUCUUCUCUCCAACCCCAAUGCCAAACACAACGCUAUACCUACACCUCUUCCCCCCUGGCCUCACAUCACACCCACAAACGAAGAAUACUCAAGCACAUACCACAUCGCCAUGGACGAACCGUUAGACUCAGAUAUAGAUUCCGAAUUUGAAUUCGAAUUCCCAGACCUUUCAUCUCCUCGAAUCAAAAUUCCGAAUCCUCGUCCCGUCAACUGCCAACCCUCGCACCUACACUCUCAAUCUCCUCCUGACCACAUCAUCUCGAAUCCGCAACCGACUCUCCACCCCCUUUCCACCAAUAUCCACAACGACUUCCCAAACGACUCAUUCCCAUUCGCCUUCGCCAUCGCCAUGGACGAACCCCUCGACCUCGAUCUCGAUCUCGAUUCCUCACCCUCACCCUCGCCCUCAUCCCAUCAACCUCUAGAUCCACCUCCACCUCCACCUCCACCUCCACCUCCACCUCCACACCCUAAAACAACAUCUCCCAUCCCUCCCUCCCCUCCAAAUCCCCACCCCAACAUCCUCCUCUACCCCUCUCACCCCACAGGUCCCUAUCAAGAACUCGAUCUUUCACUUUUUUUCUCCUCUUCCUCUUCCUUUUCCUCUUCCUCUUCGCCUUCGCUUUCUCAAUCAUAACCCCCACUUCACUCCUAUCUAACUCUACAUCAAAUACAUCAAAAAUCGAUUUUUAACCUCAAUCUCAAUCUCAAUCUCAAUCUCCCCCUCCAAAUCCUCACACUCACACUCGCAAUCACAAAUGAAAACAGAACCAGAACCAGAAUCAGGAUCAAAAAUUGUUUUUUUCUGAAAUCUUUUCUUCCAGAUCUUUUUCGAUUAUGGGAUUGGUUUAUUCUUGAUUACUUGGAUGAUUGAUCGAUCGAUCGAUUAAUUAGAUGAUGGGGCGUUAGGUGUUUAUUAGUGUUGGAUACUAGGUGUUGGAUAUUGGGUAUUGAAUAUUAGAUAUUAAAUGUUAGACAUUAGCGAGAUAAUAUAUAUUAUACA